AUGAUGGGACAGGAGCCGUUAGCGCCCUGACAGAGCGUGCAUCGUUGGUUGUAAUAGUAACGUAACAGCGCGAAGACCUGGUAAGCACGCUCUCUAGGCGCUCUUUCCAGGACAAAGCUCGCAUGAUUCGAACGACCAGCUGAGUCUGUGAGUAAGUCUGCUGCAAAGGUAGAGCUGAGCGUGAAGUAUUGCAAAGAUGCCUAUCUCUGUACCAAGUCAGCAGACUGUGGCCCUCGUCCGUACACUUGGCGGCCCGGUGGAGUUCGUCAAAGAUUACCCUGUCAAGCAGCCUAGUCAUGAUGAGGUUCUGGCCAAAGUACUAUACUCAGGCGUCUGUCAGUCCGAUCUGCAUACCCGGGCAGGCACUGCAGCAGGCGCAGAUGGCAAGCCCAUCACGGCGAUCAAGCUACCGCAUGUGGGUGGCCACGAGGGCGUAGGCAGGAUCAUUGCGCUCGGUACUGGGAUUCCGGAACGUGACCCAAGCAUUAAGGUGGGAGCACUGGUCGGCAUUAGAUUCUCCAGUAGAGUCUGCAGACGGUGUGAGUUCUGUUUGGCAGGCACAGAGCAAUACUGCCAAGGCGUCGAAGACUGGAAGCCUACAAAUCAUCUGCACCAUGAGGAUGGUGCCUUCCAGGAGUACAUUUGCCUGGAUGCUGGAUACAUUACACUGCUACCACCUGACGUGGAUCCGGUAUUAGCAGCUCCGACACUUUGUGCAGGACUCACUGCCUACAAGGCUGUGCUCAAUGCUGAGGUCAAGGUGGGCCAUUGGGUGGUCGUUGUCGGUGCGGGUGGCGGGCUAGGUCAAUACGCGGUCCAGUAUGCGAUAGCCCAAGGAGCGCGUGUUAUCGGCGUUGACACCGGUUCCCAAAAAGAGGAAAUGGUGACCUCUUUCGGAGCCUCAUUCGUCGACUUUCGGCAAACUCCAAAUAUCGUCGCAGAGGUGCAACGUCUUACCUCUGGUGGCGCGCACGCUGUCAUUGUCGCAGCAGGCUCAUCUCCCGCUUUUGCGCAAGCGGCUUCUAUGCUUCGCAUCGGCGGGACAAUGUGCUGUAUCGGCAUUCCACCUGGAGGCGGUCAUAUCAAUACCACCGUCGCAGAGAUUGUGAUCAAAGGAUUAAAAAUUAAAGGCAACCUCGUGGGCAGUCUGAAGGAGUGUUUGGAAGCCGUUGAGCUGGUGAGGGCUGGCAUCGUGAAGCCGAAAGUGUUCGUUCGGCCUUUUUCCGAUCUCCCAGAUGUAUACGAAGAGCUGGAAAGAGGCGAUAUUCCCGGACGAGUGGUUCUGAAGAUAGGAGAUGAUUUGGUUAGUAGUGCGAGGUUUUCCGCUUUGUGUUGCGCUUUGCUUGCUCGCCGUCAUUUGUUGUCUUCAGAGGUCUUCGAGCGGGCCACUGAUGCAGAGCCGGUCCACCUCGUUGGCGCUGUUGCUGAGGAAGACAGAUCGGUCGUGUGCGGCAAAGCACGCCAGCAUCCACGGCUGUGA